AUGGCUUCGGCUACCGAUUCGCAGUGGGCCGAGUUCUUGAGGGAGUUUGGAAGAGCCGCUUGGGAGGCGGGAAAUCUUAGCCAGGAACAGUUGAGGGAGAUAACGCUGAGGCUUGCCACCCGGGAUUACGCCCUGACUCCAGAAACGCUCGCCACGAAAUUCGAGACGGGCCUAGCUGCCGAAUCCCUUAGCACGCUCAGCAAUAGAGUCACCCAACCGCCAGCAGUAAGUCCGCCGCACACACCUCGAGACGACGGCAGCCGUGCGACGUUCGUAUCGAGUCGAGAGGAGGGCCAGUCGAGCCCCCAAAGCCCCAGCGAAUAUGCCUUGCCGAGAACUCCCGAGACUUGGCCGACCCCGGGCCGCGGGCCACCACUGCCUGGAUUCGCCCAGGACACUCCCUCGGACCGGAGAGAUACGUGUGGUGAUUUUCCCCCGAAAGAUACGACGCAGGCAGCGCCGCACCGGGCGGCCCAGCCGAUCCCUGCGUUCGUGCCCCCGACGGAGGACGACGACGAGGGCAGCCGCGUCGUCCCGUCCCCCCACGACGACGAUUACUGGACCGAGUGGGAAUGGCAUACCGGGGGCAGCCGGCACUCGUUCUACGACAACAGCGCCGACCAGGACUACUAG